GAUAGAGACGAUUGAAGAAUUUAAAACGAUAACACUUGUUCUUAUCUAAAUUGAUGGGGCCACUCAUCUAAAUUGAUUUUCUCUACUGUGAAGUGAUUCACAAAUCGCUCCUGGAAGUCUCUUCCAAACCGGAAAUGAAGCUCAGUUCAGUUGCAAUUUCCUUUGCUUUUAUUACUCUCCUAAUAUAUGCAUGGAGAUUAUUGAAUUCGGUGUGGUUGAAACCAAAGAAGAUAGAGAGGUACCUUAGGCAACAAGGUCUGAUUGGAAAUUCCUACAGAUUGUUACAUGGGGAUUUUAGAGAGAUGUCAAGGAUGAUUGACGAAGCAAAUUCAAGACCCAUCAGCUUAUCUGAUGAUAUUGUGCAGCGAGUUCUACCCUUCCAUUAUCAUUCCAUUAAGAAAUAUGGUAAAAAUUGUUUUAUAUGGAUGGGCCCAAAACCAGUGGUCAACAUUAUGGAGCCUGAGCUGAUAAGGGAUGUUCUCUUAAAGCAUAAUGCCUUUCAAAAACCACCUGUGCACCCGCUUGGCAAGCUGCUGGCUACUGGUGUUAUUGCACUAGAAGGUGAACAAUGGACUAAACGUAGAAAGAUCAUAAACCCAGCUUUCCAUCUAGAAAAGUUGAAGCACAUGGUACCCGCAUUCCAAUUGAGUUGUAGUGAAAUGGUAAAUAAAUGGGAGAAGAAGCUCUCCAAGGACGGCUCAUGUGAAUUGGACAUUUGGCCCGAUCUUGAAAAUUUGGCGGGAGAUGUGAUUUCUAGAACUGCAUUUGGUAGUAGCUAUGAGGAAGGAAGAAGGAUAUUCCAACUCCAGAAAGAGCAAGCACAUCUUGCAGUCCAGGUUUCGCAGUCAAUAUAUAUUCCGGGAUGGAGGUUUGUUCCAACAAAGACAAACAAGAGAAUGAGGCAAAUUAGCAAUGAAGUCAAUGCAUUGUUAAAAGGUAUCAUUGAGAGAAGAGAGAAGGCAAUGAAGGUUGGUGAAACUGCUAAUGAUGAUUUAUUAGGUCUACUGAUGGAAUCCAACUACAAAGAAAUGCAAGAACAUGGUGAAAGGAAGAAUGUUGGAAUGAGCAACAAGGAUGUCAUCGAGGAGUGUAAGCUAUUCUACUUCGCUGGCCAAGAGACUACCUCGGUUUUACUUCUGUGGACAAUGGUUCUAUUAAGCAAGCAUUCAAACUGGCAAGCUCGUGCAAGAGAAGAGGUUUUACAAGUUUUUGGCAAUAAAAAACCAGAUGGUGAUGGUUUAAAUCACCUUAAAAUUGUUACAAUGAUUUUUCAUGAGGUCCUUAGGUUAUAUCCACCAGCAUCCAUGCUUAUUCGAUCUGUUUAUGCUGACACCGAAGUGGGAGGAAUGUAUUUACCAGACGGAGUGCAGGUCUCAUUGCCAAUCCUCCUACUUCAUCAUGACCAUGAAAUUUGGGGAGACGACGCAAAAGAUUUCAACCCGGAGAGAUUUUCUGAAGGAGUUUCAAAGGCAACAAAGGGCCAAUUUGCCUUUUUUCCAUUUGGUUAUGGUCCUCGGGUGUGCAUUGGACAAAAUUUUGCAAUGAUGGAAGCAAAAAUGGCUUUGGCAAUGAUCUUACAACGUUUCUCAUUUGAACUUUCCCCAUCUUAUGCUCAUGCGCCUAUUAGUGUUAUAACUAUACAACCCCAAUAUGGUGCACACCUGAUUUUGCAUGGACUUUAGUCUCAGUGUUCCUGGUAUCAAUAGCUGUUAAUUGGCAAGACCUUUGAACCUAGCUAGUGUCGAAUUUAAAUUGUCCACACUCACUUUCCUUGAAAAGUGUCCUCUAUAAAUCCAAUGUAUUAAUAAAAUUCUCUUUUUGUAUGUGACUGUGGGUUUGAUUAUUGAUAUCGAUAAAAUACUUUGUUUAUUAUAA